AUGUUUCAAGUAGUGAAGAAACUAAAGCUGUUGAAAAGGGAGCUGAAAGAUUUGCACAGAAACAACUUCAGCAACAUUAUAGAGGAGGCAGCAGAAGAUAGAAAUAACCUGAGGAGAUGCCAGGAAGCACUACAGCAGGAUCCUUUGAAUGCAGCAUUACAAGAGGAAGAGAAGAUAAUGGGAGAGAAGUUCAGAAUGUCAAAUUAUAAGGCAGAAAUGAUGAUGCAGCAAAGAAGUAAAGCUAAUUGGCUGAGAGCAGGUGAUGAUAAUACUAAGUACUUUUUCUCAAUUAUGAAGCAAAGGAAGCUAGCACAAAUCAUCACACAGAUAGAAGAUCAGAACAGUCAGGUACAACAUGAACCUGAGAGGAUAGCUGAGGUUUUUGUUGAAUAUUAUAAGGAACUGCUGGGAAGGAAAGGUGAGAGGAUGGGUAGUGCAGAACAGUGGUUUUUGAAGAAUGGGUAUAGAAUAGAUACAAAGCAACAGGGUGACUUGUUGGAGCCAUAUACUAGCAAGGAUGUUAAGGAAGCUAUAUGGGGCAUCAAUGUGAAUAAAAGUCCUGGGCCGGAUGGGUAUGGAAGUGGUUUUUCAGAGAAACUUGGGAUAUCAUAG